UCUAAUUUGCUACUCUGGCGCUCCUUUCCAAAGAGCCCCUGCUGGUAUGCGGCCUUUAUCAUCUCACCACCCGCACCACUAACUAGCCCACCUCAGCCUCUAGAUGCUCUGCGCCGCCGCUCACCGGCGAACAAAUGAACUGUACAGCCAUCUCGCUCUUUACAUCUUCUGCUCCUUUCUCCCAUCCAUCCCUCAUUUCCCCAGUUUACACUAACAACGGGCUCCACUCUAAGAAAUCCACAAUCAACUCAUCACCAAAAUGUAAAGAAUUUAGAACUUUCUUUCGUGUUCGGAAAGAUUACUCACCAUUUGGGAAUCCGGAGUCUUCAUCGAUCAAUUUCAUAGGCGGAACUUCACCAAGCACGUCUGUAUAUAACAAUGACGAGAGUGUGCUCAAUCUUAUUACGAAGAACAUUUUAUACGCACUGUUCUGCACUGCUCUCGGCAUUUUCCCGAUCAUCGGGCUUCGUGUUCAGCCAGCUGUGGCCGCCCCUGCAAUGAUAACCAAGCUAUUUCGGAUGUCUGAGAAGGGUACCAAAGGGAAAACCGGUAAGGAGGACGUGAAUGUCCAUGAAUACUCGCACUGCACUAAGAGAUUGCUAGCUACUGUUUCCGAGUUGCUUAAGGCCAUAGAAAUGGUGGAGUCGGGAAAAUGGAGCACAGAUACUAUGGAGGAUAAGCUAGAUGAUGUGAUAAAUAGAAGGAAGGAGUUGCAAGAGGAGAUUAUGAACGGUUUAUAUGCGAAAUUGGUGGUUUUGAAAAAAGAGAAAGCCAUGUUGGUCAUUCAAACGAAGGAGAUUCUCGAAUCCAUGCUGAGAGCAAAAAGGGAAGAAGAGAGUUUGAUGAGAAAAGUUCUACGGAGAGACAGUGCUUUACAGGGGAAAAUGGUUAAGGUUCAGGAAAAAAUUAACAGGAUUGAUGAGGAGUAUAAUAGGGUCCGGAUGAAAAUUUACCAAAUUGAAGAUGAAAUUUCAAUGAGAGAAGCAGUAGCACUGGGCAUUGGCACUAGAGAGCUAUUGUCAAUUGAGAGGGAAUGUGUAGCCUUUGCUGUGGAAGUUUUAGAGGAAACUAGGAUAUCAGGGAGUUCAAGUAUGCAUCCCAGCCCUCUGUCCAAGCUUUCCAGAUCCGAGAUAAAGGGAAAACUCCUACACUCUCAAAGACAGUUACAGCAAGGGGCACUUUUAGAUAAUAUUUUGCAAGAAUAUAUUGGAAAUGAUGAAGAGUUAGUUGGUCUUGCUCAACGCGUAAAGCAAGUUCUUCAGGAAUCACAUGAGAUGCAAAGCAAUAUGGAGUCUCAUAUAAGAGAAAGAAUGAAAAGAUACGGGGAUGAAACUAAGUUUGUUGUAAACACGCCUGCGGAUGAAGUUGUCAAGGGCUUCCCAGAAAUUGAGUUAAAGUGGAUGUUUGGAAACAAAGAGGUUGUUGUUCCAAAAGCAGUUGCCAUUCACUUAUACCAUGGCUGGAAGAAAUGGAGUGAUGAAGUCAAAAGAGACCUCAAAAGAAAGUUGAUGGAAGAUGUUGACUUUGGUAAAAAAUAUGUUGCCGAAAGGCAGGAACGGAUUCUUCUAGAUCGAGAUAGGGUGGUGUCGAAGACAUGGUACAAUGAAGAAAGAUAUAGGUGGGAGAUGGAUCCAGUAGCUGUUCCGUAUGCUAUCUCUAGGAAGCUUGUUGAGAGGGCUAUAAUAAGGCAUGAUUGGGCUGUCAUGUUUCUUAACCUUAAGGGGGAUGACAAAGAAUAUUAUGUUGAUAUUAAGGAAUUUGACAUGAUUUUUGAAGAAUUUGGAGGGUUUGAUGGAUUGUAUUUGAGAAUGAUCUCCUCUAAAAUCCCAACUGUUGUCCAGCUGAUGUGGAUUCCUUUCUCUGAGAUGGAGGUCCAUCAACAAUUUCUGGUGGUUGCAGAUAUUUUUUGUCGAUGCUUAGCAGGACUGUGGAAUACUAGCAUCAUUUCAAAUGGAAGGGACUGGGUUUCCAGCAGAGUCGGUGUUACAAUGGAUGACAUAAUGAUGAUAGUUGUUUUUCCCUUGGUGGAGUUUGUCAUCCCUUACCCGGUAAGGAUGCACUUGGGUAUGGCUUGGCCUGAGUAUUCAGAUCAAAAUGCAUCCUCUUCGUGGUACUUGAAGUGGCAAGCUGAGGCCGAAAUGAAUUUUAGAUCAAGAAAGCAGGAUGGACUUAUGUGGUAUAUGAGGAUUUUAAUUAGAACUGUAAUAUAUGGGUAUGUGCUGUAUCAUAUUGUUAGCUUUAUGAGGAGGAAAAUUUCAAGAGUUCUUGGUUUUGGGCCGAUUCGAAGAUAUCCAAACUUCAAGAAAUUGAAGAGAGUGAAAACAUACUUUGAUUAUAGAACAAAGAAAAUAAAACGUAAGAGAAGAGGUGGUAUUGAUCCAAUCAGCACAGCUUUUGAUCAAAUGAAGAGGAUAAAGAACCCACCUAUAAGGUUGAAAGACUUUGCAAGUGUUGAGUCUAUGAAAGAAGAAAUCAAUGAAGUGGUGGCAUUCUUGCAAAAUCCACGUGCCUUUCAAGAAAUGGGAGCUCGUGCCCCUCGGGGUGUUCUUAUUGUGGGUGAAAGGGGAACUGGGAAGACUUCUCUUACAUUGGCGAUAGCUGCGGAGUCGAGGGUUCCAGUUGUCGAAGUUAAAGCACAACAGUUGGAGGGUGAUUUAUGGGUUGGACAGAGUGCAUCAAAUGUUAGAGAGCUAUUUCAGACAGCUCGUGAUCUGGCACCUGUCAUUAUCUUUGUGGAGGAUUUUGACCUCUUUGCUGGUGUCAGAGGCAAAUAUAUUCACACAGGGAAGCAAGAUCAUGAAGCUUUUAUUAAUCAACUUUUGGUGGAGCUUGAUGGCUUUGAGAAGCAAGAUGGUGUGGUCUUAAUGGCUACAACAAGAGAUCUCAGUCAAAUUGAUGAAGCAUUGCAACGUCCUGGUAGGAUGGAUAGAAUAUUUCAUCUUCAACAACCGACCCAGGCAGAAAGGGAAAGCAUAUUAAAGAUUGCUGCUAAAGAAACCAUGGACGAGAAGCUUAUUGAUUCUGUUGACUGGACAAAGGUUGCUGAGAAAACAGCUCUUUUACGCCCCAUAGAACUAAAGCUUGUUCCUGUGGCCUUAGAAGGUAGCGCCUUCAGAAGUAAAUUCCUUGAUUCUGAUGAACUCAUGAGCUACCGCAGCUGGUUUGCCACCUGUGAUGGCCUUGUCCCCAAGUGGGUGAGGAAAACAAGAAUUGCAAAGAGAUUUAGCAAAAUGUUGAUAAAUCAUCUUGGGCUUUCAUUGACGAAAGAGGACAUGCAUAAUGUGGUUGACCUGAUGGAACCAUAUGGUCAGAUAAGCAAUGGAAUAGAAUUUCUAAAUCCUCCUUUAGAUUGGACAAAGGAAACAAAGUUUCCUCAUGCUGUUUGGGCUGCAGGUCGCAGUUUGGUUGCUCUGCUUCUACCCAACUUUGAUGUUGUUGAUAAUAUAUGGCUUGAACCUUUCUCUUGGGAGGGAAUUGGGUGCACAAAGAUCACAAAGGCCAGAAAUGAAGGUUCAAUUAAUGGGAAUGUUGAGUCAAGAUCAUAUCUUGAAAAGAAACUUGUAUUUUUCUUUGGAUCUUAUGUUUCAGCUCAGCUGUUGCUUCCAUUUGGAGAGGAUAAUGUUCUUUCUGAAUCCGAGUUGAAGCAGGCACAGGAGAUAGCUACUAAGAUGGUGAUUCAGUAUGGUUGGGGGCCUGAUGACAGCAGCCCAAUAAUUUACCACCAUGGCAAUACGGUUACAACUUUGAGUAUGGGAAACAAAAAUCAAUAUGAGCUGGCUGCAAAAGUCGAGAAGAUGUACUAUCUUGCUUAUGAAAAAGCAAAAACAAUGCUUCUAAGCAACCGUGAUGUACUUGAGAAGAUUGUUGAAGAAUUGCUGGAAUGUGAAAUCCUAAGUGGCAAGGAUUUAGAAAGAAUAUUUGCUAAGAAUGGUGGGAUUAGAGAAAAGGAACCUUUCUUCCUUUCUAGCAUGCAUAAACAACAGCCUGUUGCACAUUUUCUUAAAGAAAAUGGAAAUGUUCAUCAACUUCACUUUUAAGUGUGGCAAAUGGUUGAAGAAGAUCAUACAGAUUCCUUUGUGGUGUAUCCAUCCAAAAAGAUCAUAUAAAUAUUAAAUAACAGCACAGCCACAGAGGCAUUGCCCGGCGGUCGAGACGCGUAUAGAUUUUUUGCAUCUUCAAGUUAAGAAGCUUGUUUGGAAUAUGAGGAAGGCAAGAGGAUUCCAUUUUCCUUCUCAACUCGAUUGCAAGGUUCCAUCACUACAGCAGGGGUGGCUUUUGUACAAACUCUAAUGAGGGGGGGGGGGGGUGUUAAGGCAUGUGCAUUUAUUUAUUUUUUACAUGUUCGUCUGAUAUAAAGCUUGAGCAAGUAGAGGCAGUAUUUUAUAAUAUUAUUGUCAAUCGUUCUUUUUUCUGAUGUCAUUCAAUUCUAGAAUAUGAGAAGUGGGAAUUUACAUUCCAUUUUUUGUGCAAUGUGAAAAUACAGUGAUAAAUCUAUUUGUCCUAAAAAAU